UCCCCCACACGCCCGAACCGCUGGAAGGGCCCGCCCUCAACAUGGACUUCCUUAACCUCCCAAGAGCGCGGCCUCGCCGCCUCUCUUGACUCGAUCCGCAAUUCCGACCUCUCUAUCCAUCUAUACAACUCUUAUGCACUCAAAAGACGAGCGCGCGAUGUUGACAACGGGGAGGUCGAGAAGGGGUUGGGCCAUUUGCCGGAAGAGGAUAUCGCGUGGGAACCGCCGAGGUACUGGACUGCUUGGCCCUUGCAGCCGGAGGAUGUUCCGAGGGAGGGGGAGCAGGUAGGGCCAGAGGAUCCAGAUGAGAAAUACACAUUUAGGAGAGGAAAAGAACAAAUGCCGAGUCGUGUGUUGGAAGAGGUUUUGGUCGGGACUACAUUGAGGUUCGCGAAGGAGAGAUUCCUGGGGAGGGAGACGGCAGGGGAGAAUGAGCCCGGGGAAGCAUCUGAGGCUGCCGCCCGCGACGGGAAUACUGGGGAGAUACCGCAAUCUGCGCAAGGCCAGGAGGAACUGGCGGAAUCCGUCAUAAAGGAGGCAUCUGAGCCUCCGCAGCCUGAAAUACUGUUAAAGGCAGUUGUAUCAGCGGACGACGACAGAUCUGGGGAGCUUCUACGACCCUCAAUCCGACAUACUCUCUCCAAAUUGGACGAAGUGCUCAUGGCUCUUCAUCACGCAAGGAAGACAUGUCGACAGUACUCUCAAUCUGAACCGAACAGCGAUGACGAGACACCAACUGUUGAAGAAGAGCCUACAACACCAGUUAAAAGACCGAAGGGCAGACCUCGAAAAUUUGCGAAUCUACCUAACCGCUCAAGAAGUCAAGCUGAACCAAUUGACGACGCUGACCUCUUUCGUGCCAAAAAGACGCAUCGAGGGCGACCACAGAAAGUCUAUGAACGCCUGGAAGGAGAAUCACAGCAAGACUACUUGAUAAGAAUCGCUCGUAUCCAAAAGAAACCUCUCCCAGCCUUCGCACCACCACGGGAGACACCAGAAACGCCGGAGCCUGGAAGAAAUGGCAGGUCGCCUGCGAGGGUGGCUACUGAAGGGGAAAAGGAGAAACAGCGACAGAGGAGAACUCGACCUCGCGAUUGGAGCGAAGUUCUCGGUGCAGCUGCUUUGGUCGGAUUCCCGCCAGAUGUGAUUGCACGAGCAACCCAGCGGUGUGCAAAUUUGUUUGGGGAAGGUAUGAGUUUGAGGACUAUGGCUGAGUUGCCAUACUCUGAGAAGGGUGACGAUGUUCUUAGUCAUUAUCGACCUCAAGCCAUGCCUGACUUCGGUGAGGGAGAGGCGAUUGAGAGCUCAGAGAGUGUGGACUCGGGUAAUUCGUCAUCCGAGUCGAGGGAUAGAAGGGAGCAUAAGGCAAGGUCAAAACACCGCAUCCAGCUGGGUCAAGCGCCGUUAAGACAGACCUGUUUCUGCCCAAUCCCGGAUUGCCCGAGAAAGACUAGGGGUUUCAAUGGAGUUGGUAAACUCAAGAAACACUUACAAGGGGGUCACCAAAUUCCGAAGGAUGAGCUUGAUGAGUACAUCCUUCCGAGUGAUGAGGAAAUGGAUGGUGCUGUUCAUGUUGAUGGCUUUUUGAAGCCACUGAAGCGGAUGGGUGGGGCAAGAGGGAGGUAUAAAAAAGAGGGGAAGAGGAGUCGAGAUGAG